UUCACCCUUCCUCCAUACUGGACAUCCAAACGACAAAGCUUCCUCGUACUUCUGUCGACAUGGCUUCGAAAUUCCUCCUCGUUGGUUCAAUUUUCGCGAUACUGGUCCUCUCAUGUGCGGCUCAUCGCGGAGGCCGCUUCGGAGGCGGCGGUUUUGGCCGUGGCGUGUGGCGUGGCCUCCUGAAUGGCACCCUCGGCACUCCAGUUGGCUCGCUCAAGGCCUUCAUGAACGGCUCUCAGGUGCUCGAUGCCAGCGACGCCGCCGUCGGCGAUGCGAACGCGACGGGGAUAAUCGGGCUCGUGGUGCUUAAAACGGACACGGACUACAACAUCCUCUACCAGGCCGGCGUACGCGUUACAGACGCGGGCCUCCCCACCUCCAUCGCCAUCAACAGCGACGCGGCCGGCGCCGGCGGCUCCCCCGUGAUAGAGUUCUCCGCUACCGAGGCCGCGUGGCAGAAUUACACGUGGAACGGGACCCGAUUCGGGCGGUUCGGGCAGGGAAACCAGGGCGCGGCGCUGAAGGCUGUGGUGAAGGUGCUCUCGCAGUGGUUCCCCAAUCUGAACUCCACCGGUGCUGGGUCGUUUUUCGGCGGGCGCGGGGGCCCCAGGGGCCCGCCUUCCGGAUUCGCUUAUGGCUUCUCCGGUGUUUGGUACAACGCGAGCACGAUCACAAACAGCGCGGGGAGGAGCUACGCGGAUGUCGUUGCGGUCGACAUGCUUGCGGCGCCGGAGAGCUUCUUUGGCGUCGUGAAAACCGACGCUUUUGCUGACGGGGUUGUCGGGGGGGCGUUCGCGAACCACACCAUGCACGGGGGGCGUGGAGGGCGCGGGGGACGUGGAGGACCCAGGUCCGGUGGCUUCCUCGGCGGUCGCCGGGGCUAGACUCUAGCUUCGGAAAUAGAGGGGAGCGGGGGCGCCAGCCCGGUGAGCGGCUCGGCGGGCGCAGCAACAAGACACGAAGGAAGCAGUGCGGUGCGGAGCGGCGUGGUGAGAUGUGGUGUGCUGACUGCACACGUUUCAAAAAGAGAAGGGGAGGGAUGUGUGAUGGGGACUCAAGAGGCAGCACGCAUGGCAUGGAGGUCAAGUCGGGCGCUUGCUGUUCCUCAUAGCAGUACCUCAACUUCUGCACUUAGUUUCGGCACAUACUGGCAUGGUGGCAUUCUGCAUUCUGCAGCUCCAGACUUGAUCUCCAUGGCGUUGCAUAUCUGCCUCUGUCGCCCUUACUUACCCCCCCCCCCACCACCCCCCCCCUCCCUUCCCCCACAUCACCCCCCCCCUCCUCACCCCUCCCCCCUGUCUCUGAUAUCCAUCACCCGUUCAGUCGUCACUUCCAUCCUCCUUGUGCUGUGCGUGCAACUGCUUGUAAUCACUUCUUGUGAAUGCAUACGUAGUGGAUAUUUCUCCAGAAAUGCUGUGCAUGCUCGUCACUC